CAAAGAAUGGUUUAGAAAUGAAUCCUUUGCAGUUUAAUGAAGGAAUAAACAAUUCUAUUGGCUUCUCUGAAGGUAAUCCUCCUCCUCCUUUUCAACAACCAUAUGUUCCACCUGUUCGCUAUUUGGAAGGAGGGGAUGCACAACCAGUUGCUCCACACUUUCCAAUUCAACAACAUCAGCAACAGAGAGGAUCUAUGCAAAGACCUAGCAGCACUGAUGCAAAUAGCACAAUUGCUAAUUAUUUGAUGCAUUUUGUUGUGGACCAUGACCGGGAAUUCAGCAAAAAAGCAAUUGAAAGUUUAAUUAAAAAAUUAAAAGAUAAACGUGAUGAAUUAGACGCUUUCAUUAUUUCUGUCUCUUCCCUUGGCCGGGUCGAAACAAAAUGUAUUACAACUACUCGAACACUUGACGGGCGUUUGCAGGUAGCUGGACGUAAAGGUUUUCCACAUGUUGUCUAUGCAAGAGCAUUUCGUUGGCAUGAUUUGCAUAAAAAUGAACUUAAACACAGAAAUAUUUGUGUUUUUGCUUUUGAUUUAAAAGGCGAACAGGUGUGCGUAAAUCCUUAUCACUAUGAGAGAGUAAUUUCUAUUGAAGGAGGAACGACAGAUUUACAUUCACCUUCAGGGUUGUUUUUAUCUUUUUUAUCUGAAUAA